UUCUGUCAAACUGACGGUAAUGGCGCUGACAAGUUUUAUUCGACCGGUGUUGGUGCAAGUUGUUCAUUCGACAAAUAUUCGUGCCGCGUAUUUCGCCAAAACUGUUUCAGUUUCAUCGAAAUCAACUUCUCUAGCGCUAGCAUUAAAUUCCUCAUUCUAUUCCACGUCUGCAUCGAAAAUGUCUGCAAAAUAUACAACUGUCGAAAAGGGAGCACCCAACUCCACCAACUAUAGCAUUUAUUUUAAAAAUGAAGCUGGAAAUGCUAUUUCACCCCUUCACGACAUUCCAUUGUUUGCUGAUGAGGCUAAGACUAUAUACAACAUGGUAGUUGAAGUGCCACGAUGGACAAAUGCUAAAAUGGAGAUCAGCUUGAAGAACCCAUUGAAUCCCAUCAAGCAAGAUGUGAAAAAGGGAAAGCUUCGUUUUGUUGCCAACUGCUUCCCCCAUCACGGUUACAUCUGGAAUUAUGGAGCUUUGCCACAAACCUGGGAGAAUCCCGACCACAUUGAACCAUCCACAAGCUGCAAGGGAGACAAUGACCCAAUUGAUGUUAUUGAAAUUGGUUCCCGAGUAGCAAAGCGCGGUGAAGUAAUGCAAGUUAAGGUGCUCGGUACAGUUGCUCUCAUUGAUGAGGGUGAAACCGAUUGGAAAGUCAUUGCCAUCGAUGUCAAUGAUCCGCUGGCCGAUCAAAUGAGCGAUGUCGGUGAUGUUGAUAAAUUCUUCCCCGGACUUUUGCGUGCCACCGUCGAAUGGUUCAAAAUCUACAAGAUUCCCGAUGGUAAACCAGAAAAUCAGUUUGCAUUUAAUGGUGAAGCAAAGAAUGCUAGUUUUGCUACCAACAUUAUCAAUGAAACUCACAAAUUCUGGGUUGGUUUAAUCAAGAAGGAUCUAGAUGGUGGUUCAAUUUCAUGCGCCAAUACAUCUGUUCCUGACUCACCAUUCCUUAUUGCCCAAGAAGAAGCUGAUAAAGUUAUCGAACAAGCUCCAACUGAUGGAGAUGUUGAAACUAUUGGUGAAAUUAUUAAUAAAUGGCACUUUGUCCACCUGCAGUAAUAAUCUGGCAGUCGAGGAAUGUGUGUCACUAGGUGUAGUAGUUUUGUGGUACAAUAUGCUCUUGAUUUGAUUGCUUCGUUAACAUAUCUGUGUUGUAAUCAAAAUAAAAUUUUGGAAAUAAAUGUUGAAUGGUAAAUGA